AUGCUGAUUCCAAGCAAAAAUAGAAAAGCCAUCUUCGAAUACCUCUUUAAUGAGGGAGUGGCCGUCGCCAAGAAAGAUUACAAUCUUAAACAGCACCCAAAUAUUCCUGGAGUUACCAAUCUUGAAGUCAUCAAAGCACUGAAGAGUUUGGCUUCUCGCGAGUUAGUCAAGGAGCAAUUCGCGUGGCGGCAUUAUUAUUGGUACCUGACCGAUGAGGGUAUUGCUCACCUAAGAGAGGUCUUGAAUCUGCCGGCUGAAAUUGUCCCUUCAACUGUUAAGAGCAAGCCAAGAGACAUCCGCGCACCUACAGACAUCCGCGAACGCAUUCCUCGUCCAGUUCCUGGCAAAGAGGGAGACCGUGACGCGUACCGAGUCGCUGAGAAAGUUACUGAAGCUGGGCCAGGAUCAGCAAUGCCUUACCGCGCUGGAUUUGGUAGAGGAGCUCCUCCGCCGCAGUAA